UUAAGGUCGACUGCGGGGCUCUUUUUUUUUUGGCAGUGCGGCGAAAGGCCGUGACGCCAAUCCAACAAGUUAACCGUAGGCCUAGACACUUUUAAAUUGAAUUAUUUAAAACUCGUUUUGGUCUCACACGGCUUGUUGGUAAAGAUGACAUGGGGGGCGCAGCUUUUCGUGUUUCUGACCACCCUUCCGCUCAGACACUGCACGGCCUCAGGAACCGAGGAGUCGGAUGCAAAUGCCACCAGUUUGGACACCAUAAUGCCAUGGCAUGUCUCCACUGAAGUCCUGGGCUACAUGGGCUGUGUAGUGGCGGCUGUAUUUUAUGGCAGCCAGUUCAUCCCCUUGAAGAAAGUGGAAACGGGAGACGGUAUGUUCUUCCAGUGGGUGAACUGCCUGGCCAUCUGGCUGGUGGGGUUCAUAGGGAACCAGCUCCUGGGUUCGCCCAAUGUGCACCCCUUUGCUAUGGUGGGAGGAGUCAUCUGGGCUACAGGUAACAUCACCUCUGUCCCCAUUGUCAGGUCCAUCGGACUGGGUCUGGGGGUUCUACUCUGGGGAUCCAGUGGCCUGCUGAUGGGUUGGGCCAGCUCCCGGUUUGGCUGGUUUGGCAUAGGCGAACAGGAGGUCCCACGGCCUGUGCUCAACUACUGUGGAGCGGCCCUCUGUCUGUUCAGUUCGUGCAUGUUCCUCUGUGUCAAGAGUGACCCAGGAAGCCCCAACAGGAUGUCCCAAGAAUCAGAAACUUCACCACUUCUCAUAGACCGGAGGCUGAACUCUGAAUUCUGUGAUGAGUCAGGGCCCUGGCUGGAUAAGGUCUCCCCCAAGUCCAAACGCUUGGUAGGCUGCUUGUUGGCCAUAAUGGCGGGGUGUUUCUACGGCUUCUCCUUCAUCCCCAUCCUCUAUAUGAAGCACGAGGCCUCCAACAACGCCAGUGUCUUUUCUGGCUCCAGCCAAAACGAUUAUGACUAUGGCUUUGCCCAGUACAACGGGAUCUUCCUGGCCAGCACCGCUUACUUCCUCAUCUACUGUGCCGCCAUGAAGAGCAAGCCUCGCAUAUACUCCCGCGCUGUCCUGCCAGCGGUGCUGAGUGGGACCAUGUGGGGCAUUGCAACGUACUCUUGGUUCCUGGCCAACUCCUACCUGAACACCAUAAUCACCUUUCCCAUCGUCACUGCUGGUUACAGCCUGGUAGCAGCUCUGUGGGGUGUUGUGGUCUUCAAGGAAGUCCGGGGUCUCAUCAACUGUCUGGUGUUUGUCAUGGCCUCUGGGGUUGUCUUGACUGGGACGAUGCUGACUGCCCUUUCCAAGAUGUAGCUGCUGUUCACCAAAUGGCCGGCAGAGGGCACUCCAUCCUGUAGCGCUCCUCCCCUGCAAUCAGUGUUUGGCCUUACUACCUCUUCAGCUGCUGUGGCCACAGCCACUUGCAAUACCAGAGUUUUAUACUUUGCUAAGUUGAAAUGUUUUUCUAAAGAAUAUAAAAAGUGGAAACGACUGUAAAAAAAUAUUUAUUUAUAUUAAAAGUAUUGAGUCAAACAUG